CUCUUAAAUCGGUCCUUGGUUAAUGUUUUCAAAAAAAAAAAAAAGCUAAGCUUCUUUUGCUGUUUUUUUAGUAAUUUGAUAGUAUCUUUGAUGGUUUGAUAUAUUCAAUCAUUAUUCUUGAAUAGAUGAUUUUUCUCUGUUUCUGUUUUGAACUUUGCCAUUUCUUUCUUAUUUGAAGAUUCUUUCAACUAGCCCAUUUAGCUAGAUUGGUCUUCUUGCAUCAUCUCAGUGAUAAGUGCAAAACUGUGUGAUCCAUUUAUUUGUUGGGUGUAAUGUUUCUGAACUGAUAGAUCAUAAAGGAUUGCAAUUCUUUUCUACAUAACAUGCAAAUUAGUUGCACAUAUUUGUUCUCUGGCAGGUUAGCUAGAAAAGAUGGAGGAAAAGUGUGCAAUCAAGAAAGAUAUUACUGAAUUAAUAGGCAAUACACCUAUGGUAUAUCUCAACAAUAUAUUGGAAGGUUGCGUAGCUCGAAUAGCUGCCAAGCUUGAACACAUGGAACCUUGCUUCAGUGUUAAAGACAGGAUUGCAUAUAGUAUGAUCAAAGAUGCAGAAGAAAAGGGCUUGAUUACACCAGGGAAGAGCGUCCUCAUUGAGCUUACAAGUGGUAACACUGGGAUUUCAAUGGCGUCCAUUGGGGCAGCAAAAGGUUACAAGACUAUUCUCGUUAUGCGAGCUUCAAAGAGUAUUGAGAGAAGAAUAGUGCUAAGAGCUUUGGGAGCUGAGGUUUACCUAACAGAUCCAGACAAGGGUUUUCAAGGUGUUCUUGAUAAGGCCAAAGAGAUUCUGAAUAGUACACCUAAUGGUUAUAUGCUUGAUCAAUUUGAAAAUCCUGUCAAUAUAAAGGUUCAUUAUGAAACCACUGGCCUGGAGAUCUGGAAGGAUUCAGGAGGUAAAGUUGAUGUUUUGGUUGCUGGGAUUGGGACUGGCGGUACAGUAACUGGUGCAGGGACAUUCCUGAAGGAAAAGAACCCAGAUAUUAAGGUUUAUGGUGUAGAACCAGCAGAAAGUGCAGUCCUGAAUGGAGGAAAACCUGGUAAACAUCUAAUUGAUGGGCUAGGUGCUGGAAUUGUACCUCCUCUGGAUGUUGACAAGCUUGAUCAAGUUAUUCAAGUAUCAAGCGAGGAAGCUAUUGAAACUGCCAAGCAACUUGCUUCAGAAGAAGGAUUAUUGGUGGGAAUAUCAUCUGGGGCUGUAACAGCUGCUGCUUUAAAGUUGGCAAAGAGACCGGAAAAUGCUGGGAAGCUCAUUGUAGUGAUUUUCGCCAGUGCUGGGGAGCGUUAUCUGUCAACUAAGUUGUUCGAGUCGUUUAGGCAUGAGGCAGAAAACAUGACCUUUGAUUAGGAUAACUUUGAUUCCUGAAACGAACAGAGUAUGAUCAAGAACUAAUGUAGUAGCUGUAAGACCCUGAUUAGGUCUAGUUUCAGGAGGAUUUAUCUUUUCCAUUGUAUUGUUUGGAAGAUGCUUAUAUUAUAUGUAGGACAUUGUAGAUUUGGAAACUUAUCAUCAGGGAACACCUGUAUGUUUGGGACAGAUUGAAGAAAUAUCUGAAGUUGCUAUCCACUCAGCUCUGAUGUUCAUUGCAGUGUUACAUUAAAAAAGCUUUUUUUUACUUA